ACGAAUUCACUUAUUGACCUACCCUGCUCUCAGGACUCAAUUGCAAACUGCCGCACUCACUGAUCUCAAAAUUAUUCUCAUUUCCAAGCUAAUAAUCCGAGAGGUACAUGAACCUCAAACCGUCAAUUGGUCGUUGUUUUACAGUAAAGUGUUUCUCGGCUGAUUAUGAUUGAUCUAUUGCGAUUUGUUACCACUUACGCGAGUAACUUCAUCCGCUGAUAAAUUUACCUGGAUCAAUGAUGACACUAACGAUUUUUAGCUCGAAAUCUGAAAAUAUCAAAUUGUAUAUUCAGUACAUUUUCAACUGUCCUAAAAAUGCUUGAUACAUCGCACACAAGGAAAAUACAUGUAUUUUGCAGUACCUCAAUGGUAUGACUGACUUUCGAUCAACCAUCAGACAGCAAGUAAACCAGAACUAGGAUAAUAGCUAUGUUGAUGUUUGAAUAAGAGUAGUUUAACCAGUAGAUACAAAGUGCUUCUUUUCCCAGGCCAUUGGGUCCAUACAUUAAAUGUAACUGGUAAUCAGCGCAGGAGCAGGCAACUCCUCCAGGUUUACCUACCUACUCGUUGGUGCUAAACAGUCAUAUGCUGAUCAAGGAAACCAUGACUUGUAGAAAACUAAAAAGGGUAGGGCUGAGGGGAAUUAAUAAUCUCGUGCUUCUCUUUAUGACAAUAUUGAUACCAUUUGCACUAUUGAUAGCUUUAUCUGUCACUAAGACGAGUGUUGAUUUCGAUGAAAUUCGUCAAGUUAGACGCCAACCGUUAAAAGCAGACGAGACUAAUUACGUCUCGCCGAACAUCAGACAAGAUAAAUAUUUUCCAGCAUUUCCAUCAGAAAAAUCAAAUGGAUCUAUGCAACUGCUUACGGGAACGAGAUUGAAUGGAGGGCGCUCUUCAGGAAGGUUAAAAUUAAAGCAGAUAUAUAACUUAGUAGUGAAAGGUAACGCUUAUCAACAGGUUAAAGGCAACAGGGAAUAUGAACCCGCCCAACGUGAGAGAAAACUCCCAAAAGUAAUUAUCAUUGGUGUAAGGAAGUGCGGUACGAGGGCGCUAAUCAAUAUGUUAUCAAUGCAUCCUGAUAUCGUACAACCUUUGAAUGAAAUUCAUUACUUCGAUUUUGAUUCAAACUACGCAAAAGGAAUUCCAUGGUAUCUUAACCAAAUGCCGUUGUCGUCCAAACACCAAAUUACCAUCGAAAAGACACCAGCAUAUUUUACUUCCAAAAAGACUCCAGAAAGGGUCCGUCAUAUGAACGCCUCUAUAAAAAUUGUUCUGAUAGUCCGACAACCUACGAUUCGAGUUAUUUCCGAUUAUAUGCAAGGUGCUCUUAAACAUAAAGAAAAACAAAAAAAAGAUUUUUCCGAACUUGUUAUGGACAACGGUGAGGUCGAUAAAUUUUACAGGCCCGUUCAGACGAGUAUUUAUUGUGUGCAUCUAGACAGGUGGCUACAUUAUUUCAACCGAAGUCAGUUUCACAUUGUUGAUGGAGAUGCGUUGAUAAAUAAUCCGUACAAAGAGGUUAAGUUAGUCGAACGGUUUCUCGGAGUUUCAGAUUAUUAUUCCCCGGAUAAUUUCUACUUCAAUGAAACUAAGGGCUACUUUUGUUUAAGAUGGGAAAAUUCAUCACGAUGCCUUGGAGAAAACAAAGGGCGAAGAUCAAUAUAUCCGAACGUUUCUGAGCCACUAAUUGCCAGGCUGAACGAAUUUUUUGGCCCAUAUAAUGAAAUUUUUUAUAACCAAACGAGACGAAGAUUCAAAUGGGAAACAAGUUGAGAGUAGUUAUCUUUGCAAUAAAUCAUUCACUGUGCAUCGUAGUUCCUUAGUUAUACUGUCGAGACGAAUGAAUCGCUUAUUUACUGAGCGCCGUAGUUCCUUAGUUACACUGUAGACGCAGAUGAAUCGCUUAUUACUGUGUCACGUCUUAUACUGUCGAUGCGGAUUAAUUGCAUUCACUGUGAAUUGCUAUAGUCCAUAGCUACUGUCGAGGCAGAUGAGUCGAACCACAUGGUUUGUGUAUGACGAUCUGUGGACAAUUUGCAACACCAACGAAACACUUCACUGAACAUUCAUCAGCAAUGCAGCCGUAAGGUAGAAUUUGGAAGUAGUGAACAAUUUGCUGUUCCGGGAGUAUGACCUUUACCUAAAUACUCAUUACUAAGAUUAAUUGCAAUUGCAGUUGGUUUUAAUCGAAAACACCCCUCGAUAAUAUGCUAAAGUGCCUUUCUCACAAGCGAAGUAACGUGAUAUGUCACGUGAUAGUACAUAAUAACGAUAUCAGCGUUUGCACCCGUGUGCAUUUGCAUGCAGAUCACUGCCAGUGACAGGAUUGAGAUCGUAUAAUGGUUGACAAAAAUUGAAAGGAUGAAUGAAUGCAAUGAAUUAUGACAUAAAAUGCACGUUUAAAAGGAGAAGUAUAAAUAUAAUAAUGCUUUUAUAAUGUAGGUUUUAAUACCAAAAUUGUGUAGAGUCCGUCUUCAGAUUUUUGAUGUUUCUUCAUACAAAUAAAUGUAGGCCUAUAGUCAUAUUAUUUAUACCAAAGACUAUACUGGGUUUGUAUUGUUCAGAUACAGCCCUACGUGCAAAAGUAGUAUAUAAAUUAUCGUCAUGUUAUCACUUCUAACAGAAUAUAAAAUAUUGUAUUACCUGUACCUGUAUUAGAUUUCCUAUAUUUAUUUUAUGGCGCCCUCAUCGUUAAAACAUAGAAAUUGUUAAUAAUUUAUUAGGUAUAAUAACAAUGUUAUGAUAGUAUAAAGAAUUGUGCACAUUGCCUUUCUGCUCUUCUAUGGAUGUGUUUCUACUGAAUAUCGAGAAAGAGACGGUUUUCUUAUCAUUGUUGAGUAUCGGAUUAGCAAAUUAAGAACCACGUUGCAACUAAGUUUUGAUUUUACAUGAAACGGUUCCCGGACUGAUACGCUUAAAAUGACCUUAAUAAAAGCUUUAACAAAACUAUAUCAUUUUCACGCGACUACCAAUAAUAACAAACAACGAUGAUUCAUCCUGUCCGAAUACUAAUAUGUCGGUAUUUAAAUAAAACAAUGGUUAAACUUUCGUUCUUACAGUACUUUGCAAGAAGAUAAUAUUUCGUUGUGUUGUGAACAGAAGUUUAACGCUUGUUUUAAUUAUUCCUCCUAAUAGUAACACAUAAUAUCGUUCGUAUGCUAUAUCAGUGAUAGGCCUACUGUAUUACUGGCAUGGAGGAACUUAAGAAUAUGUCCAAAGGUAAAAUCAUGUAGGAGGCCUAAAUUAUUGAUAUGACAAGUAUCUUACAAUGUCUGAUAAAAAUUAACUCCCAAUUACGUCACUUUUAUUUCACCAUAAUAACAUAAAUCAUAAAAAUAAUACAUUUUUAACAUAUAACUUUCAACAUUCUACUAGUACUAGUUAUAAGCCUAGUCUACUGGCUAAGUUGACCUUAGGUCGAAUUAGGCUGCUAUUUAUGUUGCAGACUAGAAAUUACAAAUUGCAAGUGAAGUGCUGCGAAGUACAACUAUAAAUGUUCUUCGAACAAAAUUAUUAAUGCGAGUCAAGUGAAAAUAAUGAAUAAUAAAAAUAAAACAAAUAAUAUGAGACACGACCCAU